UGGCUGGGGGCGGCAGCCUCAAAAAUACACCGCAACCACACCGCGCGGCUCCACCGCAGAAGCCGCCAUCUUCCACCGCCGAACCGAAACGAGACCGCGCGAGUUAAACACCCUAUCCUACUUCCUCCGAGUAGAAGCUAUCCUGCCACUCGCCGAAGCAACGGCCAGGUGAAGAAUCAUCGUGACCGCGACAGUGAUCGGCUCUCUGCAAAGGACACAUCCGAGGAUACAUCCUGCAAUCCGCGCGGCGAAGAAAUCAGCGAAGAAUGAAGAAUCGGUGUUGACGUGCGCGGAUGAAGAUGCAUCGUGGAUCGUGAUCGUCUCAUCUCGAUCAGUUUACAAGCCUCGAGGAAGUCUUUCUACCAGUGAUUGCGUGUUUCAAUCGGUUAUUCGACUCGCGGUUGACGCGUUCCCGUAAUUGAUCAAGACUUCGAUCGGUGGCGGAGAUACACGUGACAGAUGCCGUACGCGGCUCUCGCCAAAGUUUACCGGAAGUUUCGCGCGGUGAGCGCCGCAUGCGGAAACACAUGAUUUGAUUUAAAAGGACCUUUGGAUAUAUGCUGGGAUAUUUUAGUGGCAAGAAUAUACAUGACUGAGAAGAAGACAGUGCACGAGCAUGGUACCAUCGAUCACGAGGACUGUGCGAUAGUGUUUUAAGAGGAUACGCAUGAUAAAAAUCAGUAUUUCUCUCAGCUCGGAUCUGUUUCUGCGAGGUUGACUUCCGAUUCUCGAUGAGUGGAUUUAAGUGUUUUGAGCAGCGGCAAGUGUUCCUUGAUCGUUGAUAAGUAGACGGCAGGCCCGAUCAAAGAAUCGGAAUACAUAGAAACAAGGGUCGUCGAGAUUGCCGACGAUUCCAAUAAAACGAAUUUUCUCCGCGAGUUGGCAAUCGAGACGGAGAAGAAUCUGCAAACGGAUGCGCCUACCUCCGUGCCGCGGCAAGAUAAUGAAAUAAGGAUCAAAGGAGCCUAGGGCCCGCGAGGGCCGUGGAAGCCGCCGAAGAGUCGCGCGUGCCGCACGAGAUCCCGUAGAAAACAAAUCCAAUUCUCGCUGAGAGAAGGACGUGCAUUCGUAAUGCGUUCCUUACCACCGGUAAGAUCGAUCUGUGCUGAAAAAAUUCGCGGAUCAUCAUCAAGUAAGCACGACAUCUUGAUCAGUUAUCGAAUGCAAUAAUCGAUCCCGAUGAGAGAAGUUUAGCUCACGGAAGAAGCAACUGGCAAUCGGGCUUCGACGAAGUGAGAAAAUAUCACGAACGCAGACGUAUCAUUGGAGGACCAAGCAUCAUAUCGGAAUUGAUCAGAAGAAUCGAUCUCCCGCUAAUCACGUAUACAGUUACUUCGUUUACGAUUCGGUGAGAGUAAGACGUAAACAAUUGAGCAGCCGAAUUCCACCGGGAAGCUUGCAGGGAAAGGUGACGUCUCGAUCGAGGGAACCGAUGAUACCGUGCUCAUGACGAAUCCUUCACGAGAUGCACGAUCCGAGGAUCGGCCUCCCGGUCUAGACUAUCCCGAUCCUAGGCCAGUACGUGGUGGCCAUCAGGUGGUGCAUCAAGCGAAUCCGGUGGGCCAGAUCGGUGGGCCCAGGAUACGGAGAACGCGGGCUUCGUCCUCGAGGAGAAGAAUGCACCUGGCGAACGAAGUUCCUUCUCAAGGUUCGGCCGGCGGAAAUCAUCACUCCGAUUAUGUUCUCACUGCUGACCUGCUUGCCGAAAGGACACUGGAUGGAUUGCUCGCCGAGCAUCCCGGAGAACUUAUUCGUACAGGCUCUCCACAUGUGGUCUGCACGGUAUUGCCGUCGCAUUGGAGAUCGAACAAGACCCUUCCGGUAGCCUUCAAGGUAGUAGCCCUCGGCGAGGUUGGAGACGGUACCCUUGUGACCGUUCGGGCCGGAAACGAUGAGAAUUGUUGCGCGGAAUUGCGGAAUUCUACAGCUCUAAUGAAAAACCAGGUCGCUAAAUUCAAUGACCUCAGGUUCGUCGGCAGAAGCGGGAGAGGAAAGAGCUUCACCCUGACGAUCAUGCUGCAGACGUCGCCGCCGCAGGUGGCAACCUUGUCGAAGGCGAUUAAGGUGACCGUGGAUGGUCCCAGGGAGCCGCGUUCCAAGACAAGACACCAGGCUUUUCAUCCCUUUCACUUCGGACCUCGUCCAUUCCCGUUCGGACACCCGCAGGACCCGCUGGGAUUCAAGCUGUCGGGAUUGCAACACCUGGGACUAGAGCAAGGAGCGGGUCAGGGAUGGGGCGGGUUACCCCGAGGAUCUCUACCGCCGCACUGUCUUCCACCGCCCCCCGGCCACCACCCGCACACACAUCCACAGCCAGUUGGUGCAUCAGCCUUCAACCCCUUCCACCACGCCAUCGAACAAAGAUCUCCGAGGCUGUCUGGAUCUAACGCCGAAUCCACGAGGGGUGAUUUGGGUCCCAUCAGUGUGUCGGUGCGGGAAGUAACGCCGACAACGUCACCCGGCAACCCAGGACCGGGCUUGCUGACAACGGCCUCCGUGACGGCGCCGACGCCUCCCGCCGAGUCGACCACCACUACUACGACCCCCAGCCCGUCCGGACACCACUCACACUUUCAAGGUCUUCAUCUGCUGGGUGCUACGGGAUCCAUCUUUGGGUCGAUAUUCGCGCCGCUGCUACCGCAGUCCUCUUGGCUCUACAACCCACUGUAUCACACGCAGCAGUACAUCCUGGAACCGGAAUGGCACGCUCUGGCCCUGAGAAUGGCGCAGCAGCGAUUGCAAAGGCCGGAUCAGGCUCGACUGGAAGAACUUAGGAAGCUCCGAAGUAGCAGCGACAGUCCUGAGAGCAGUACGAAGGACGAGGAGCGAAGGGGAGACGAUCAAGGUGUUUUGCGUCGAUCUGGAUUGGACAGUCCUGAUGAUAGCAUCGAAGUGGACGAUAGGAACGAUCGAGAUCUGAACAGAGACCGCAUCAGGAGCGACGACUCUCUACCCGAGCAGGAUUCCCCGAGGAUCUCGCCGAUCAGAAGCGAUGUGGAGGACGCCGCGUCGACGGAUGCUACCUUCCAAGAAGCAUCGAUUCGCUUGCGACCAAGUAUAGAGAAUUUAAACGACUCAGAUCUCCAGAUGGAUCAGGAUCAAAUUGCCCGUCGCGGCGACCUCACCGUGAAAAUCCGUCUAGAAGGCACGGUCGAUCUCAGCACGAAGAAGGGUCAGGAUAAGGAGAAUGUCGGCCAGGAUCUGACAACGCGAAGAAAGGACGACGGGCUCGACGUCGAGAGAGAAGCCAUCAGAUCGCGCAGAGAGAGGAGUCCCAAGCCUAGACAUGUCUGGAGACCUUACUAAGGAUUGAAGCGAAAACGAAACUUAUCGAGAAUUCUUCGAGCGCGGCGAUUUUAACAAAUUCGAGAGUCGAGGUAGAGAAACAAAUUUUCAUGUCGAAAAAAUACGAUUAAAGCGAAACUUAUCGUGUGUCCUUUUCUUAUCGAAAGAAAGGAUUUUUGUUUUGCUGCUGAGAUCAGCGGAUUAAUCUCUCAAUGAUCCGAGACUGAGCGCAGCGCUUGCACGAUGUUGUAAAUUACUUCAGCAAUGUUAAGCUAUAUAUUAUCAUCGUCAAGCUGUCGAGGGAUGCGCGGAACACGUCGGUUAGAUGCUCGAAUAUCUCGAUUCAACGCGAUGAUCCUCCGCUUGGAAAUUAAUUAUCAAAACUCUCAGACGAACCUUUUGCCAGAAUUACUUAUCUGUCCCUCUGUACCCGUUGCGGUAUCCUAAGAAUUGUCAUGGACUCGAGGACUAACCAGGGUUUACGUUCGCAUAGUAUGUACAUACGUAAUAACGUCCGAUCACUAUCUAGGUUAAUGUUUCAGAAAAAAAAAAAAUACGUUAAGCACUACCCUCUCGUCAUUCCGAUUAAGGACACUUGAGCCGCCUGAAUGUCUCAUCAGCUACACGAGUGCACUAUUAUAGCGCGGGCGUACAGUAUCGCAAUCCUGAAGAACACGUUUCUUGGAUCAGGAUAUACAUCCCACGUCGUUUUUCAAUCGUAUAAAUUUCCUCGAGAGACAUUGUGCCAGGUGAUUUUGCAGGAGCGUGUAAAAGAUAUUCAUGUAGCUGAUGACGUUUGGUGCAAGCGAAACUACGAGUAGCUUACGUUGUAAAUAUCACCAUCUUAAGAAUCUCAAAUCCUGGCCGAGUCACAUUUUAUCGAACGUUGUCCCCUUUUUAUGAGACAACGCUAUUGCGAGGCGAAGAGAUAUCGAUAUAACCGUGCAAAAAUUUCACUAUAUAAUUAUCGUUCGCAAAAUCGACGAAUCGUCUUGACGAUUGACUGUAUGUAUGCGUGACUGGCCUUAAUCAAAAUCAUUCAUUGUUUAAGUACGUCAUCAAAUAAAGUAAUAUCAUCCGUUCCACGA